UGCAAGAUAAGGCUUUUUGAACGGCGAUAGGCUUGGAGACGCUUCGUAGCUCGUAGUGCAGUUUUUACAUUGUAAUAAAAUACUCAAGAUGCCUUCAGUUGUGUUUCUGAGAGAGUUUGUCAACGAGAGACUGACUGCUGCUGCUGAAGAAAUAUUCGGAGUUUUUGAACGAACGAUCAUCGAGUAUGAAGAAGAGAUCGACCGUCAGCGAAAACUGCUGGAUGUCGUUCAACCUCACAUACAGUUACAAAGGAUAGAGCUCCCGCAGCAAAAUGUCUGUAAGGAAGAGGCGGAGGUCGCUGCUGACCAGCUCUGCAACAAGGAGAGCAGCACCAGUCUGGAUCAGAAGGACCCAGGGCCUCCACGGAUUAAAGAGGAACAGGAGGAACUCUGCACCAGUCAGGAGGGAGAGAAGCUUGAACUGAAGCAGGAGAGCGAACAAUUUGAGUUGACAGUUAUCAGUGGGGAAAGUGAGCACGCUGACUCAGAAUUAGAAAGUGAAAAACUGCUCUUCACUCACCAUGCUUUUGUUUCUGAGAACCAAGAUUUCAAAACAGACCAUUAUGAUAGCUCAGGGUCAACUGGAAAAUCAAUACUAAAAAUUAAAUUUGACCAAAGAAGUAGUCACAGCAGUAAAUUAUCAGAAUAUCACGUAGGUCGUGAGAAGCCAUAUGCUUGUGAAGUGUGUGGAAAGAAAUUUGCCUUUAACAAUUUAUUGAAUCUUCACAUGAGAGCCCACACAGGCCAAAAGCGUUACUCCUGCAGCACAUGUGGGAAAAAAUUCUGUUGGAGGUCAGAGUUGAAAGUUCACAACAGAGUUCAUACAGGAGAAAAGCCGUUUCGCUGCAAAUCAUGCAGCAAAUCCUUUCGAUUGAAAUACAACCUGACAGUUCACAUGAGAACACACACAGGUGAGAGGCCACACUCCUGCAACAUUUGUGGAAAACAGUUCUAUUGGAGGUCACACCUGACGAGGCACAUUCGCAUUCAUACUGGUGAGAAGCAGUUUGGUUGCAAAAUCUGUGGCAAAUCCUUCAGAGAAAACAGUGACUUGACAGAACACGUAAGAACCGUCCACACACGUGAAAAGCCACACUCCUGUGAAACCUGUGGAAAAGCCUUUGGCAGUAGAAGUUCCUUGAAUAGCCACAUAAGAAUUCAUACAGGGGAAAAGCCGUUUACUUGCAAAACAUGUGGCAAAUCUUUUAGGGUUAGUGGCAAAUUGACAAUUCACAUGAGAAGAGCCCACACCGGUGAGAUGCCGUACUCUUGUACGAUCUGUGAGAAAAGAUACUUUGAGUCGUAUCAUUUAUCACGUCACAUGAAAUCAAAUCACAACAAAUAGCUAUUUUUAUGCAGAUGUGGUGGCGGGUGCUUUAGAUCAUUAGAUAUCUGAACCUCUCUAAUUGAAUUCAAAACAGUUUUCAGGAGAGAGGGGCACAGUUUGUCUUGGUAUACUGAUAUACUCCAUUUUUAACCCCCAUGUAGUCAUUUGUAGUACAGUAUUUAUCACAUUAUGAUCAUCAAUAGUGGUGCUUGAUCUUAGAAAAUUUUGAGAAACUGCUAAGCUGUGAAAACCUCUAAUGCUAUUAAGUAAACUAUACUGUCUUCCUGACAAGUCCAUAUUAUUGCUGCAUAAAUAUAAACUUUGUAUUGUUAUGUAUUCUGUGAUUGUUUGCACUUCAUUUACAUUUUUCAGUAGGCUGUAGAUUUGACAAACUGCACAAACUGAAGAUGUAGUGCAGUGAGCUGUCAGUGAAUUAGCCUUUAUAGAAGUAAUAAAUCCCACAAACAAUACUCAA